CAGAGAAGAGGAGAGACCACAGGACUUCAGACUGCUGGACUGGACAGUAUAGAAUCAUAUAAUCUGUGAAGGAAGACAAGAAGAAGACAAGAUCCCCCUUUUUUGAUUAAAAAUGGCUAAAGGGGACCCCAGAAAGCCAAAGGGCAAGAUGUCUGCCUAUGCCUACUUUGUUCAGACGUGCCGUGAAGAGCAUAAGAGGAAAAGCCCAGAGAUUCCCGUCAACUUUGCAGAAUUCUCCAGAAAAUGCUCCAGCAGAUGGAAGACAAUGUCUGGAAAGGAGAAAUCAAAGUUUGAAGAGAUGGCAAGACAAGACAAAGUGCGCUACGAUCAGGAGAUGAUGCACUACAUGCCGGGCAAGAGAGGCAAAAAGAAGGACCCCAAUGCUCCGAAGAGACCCCCUUCAGGUUUCUUCAUAUUCUGCUCCGAGCACCGACCUGAAAUCAAAGCCCAGUAUCCCACUCUAGGCAUUGGCGAAGUGGCCAAGAAAUUGGGAGAAAUGUGGAACAACCUGACUGAUGCUAAUAAGCAGCCCUACCUGAUGAAAGCUAAUAAACUGAAGGAUAAAUAUCAGAAGGACAUUGCCGAUUAUAAGUCAACGGGGAAAUUUGGUGCAAUGAUGGCGGCUCCAAAACCCAUGAUGAAGAGCACCAUGGGAGAGGAUGAUGACGAUGAUGAUGAAGAUGACGACGACGAAGAAGAGGAUGAGGAAGAAGAUGACGAGUAG